AUGUAUUUUUCUUACAGACUGACAAUGAAUGAAUAUGGUGUUCCUUGUCUGGACUUAUCACGAACAACUGAUUCUCCACAACUUUUCCAGCCAUUGUCACUUUGGAGACUUGUAGAGCAACAUGUUCCUGGACCAGAGCGAUGGGAAGUGAAAAGCAUGCUCGGUGCAAACCUGGUUGAUGAAAGCCAGCAACUUCAUGAUGAGGUUCUGUUACUGACAGACAUUCUAAAAGAGUACGAAAAUCAGGAAGAAGAAAUUUUGCCACUUGCUACCAGAAUUCCAGAACCCCCACAGGUGCGAGAAAUACUGAUCAAAGAAAUUUCCUUCUUUGUGGAUAGCAUCCAAGAAAAAGUUGGAUCCCAAGGAAAUUCCUCCAAAAAAGUUCUAGCAAGAUGUAACAAAAAUGUGUUGGAUUAUGUCAGUCAGCAAAAAACAAAAAUUGUGUCCAGAGAUGUUUGUGGGAACAGUCGAGCUUCAUCUUCAUUAUCUCUCUCUAGUGAUGGUAGAUUAUCAAUGAAUUCCAUUUCGAGUGAUGAAAUUCAAGAGAUGAGCCAUAGUUUGAAUAUUUUACAAAUUGACGAUGUUGUACAGCAUUUAAGGUCAACACUUCAAACAGAAAUCUCACAGCUUCUGAGAGAUGUUGAAACUCUCCAGAACAGUUUGUCUGAAAGAAUUGACUUGACAUCUCCAGAAAGUUACCGCAAUCCUAACAAAUCCAUACCCACCUUAUCAGAACUGAGACAAGAAAGAACGAUGCUAGAGAAGGAACUCCUUAAAGAAACAGACAACGAUGAAUUCUUUGAUCCACUACCCCCAUCCUCAAGAAAGCCCAUUUCUUCACUGGAACUUUUCCCAGACAUCAAAGCACAGACUGACAGAUGGCGCCAGAGUGUACAAAUACAGCAGAAAAGCAAAUCAAUUCCGAUGUUGCUUCAAAAUACAGAUGUACUGAAAAAAGACCAGACGAAUCAACUAGAGUCUUGCAUCCCAAAUAUGAACAAUUCAUCCAACAUGAAAUCUUUAGUUGGUGGUCAGUUUGUGCCUAGGCCUCCAACAGUUGGUCAACCAAGACAACUGGCAUCUGAUAAAUUCAGAAGAAUGGUCUAUCACUGUAGAAACUCAGAAGCCCAUUGA